AUGCCUAUGAGUGGGCCUCUACCGCCGCCGCCGUUAGGUCUUAGGCUCUGCGGUGGUCAGGAAAUGGCCACCAACAAGCGGACGCGCCACCAACAAUCGUCGAUGCUUGGUGCAGCCCAAGCUCAACAACAACCGAUCGUUGUCGAUCACAACCUGCGCGAUCAUGCGGAAAAGGUUUGUACUACUUCAAGGGAGCAGAGGCAGAGGCACAUUAGUAUGAUGAUAUCCACCAUGGUGGCCAGGGCGAGGAAGCAGCUCGAGGCCAAGGAGCAGGAGAUCGAGUGGAUCAGGAGCGUGAAUUGGGCACUCAAGGAGCGCAUCAGGAACCUCCACAUCGAGGCUCAGGCGUGGCGCAACGUUGCGCAGUCCAACGAGACCGUGGCCAAUGUUCUCCGCGCCGACCUUCAGCAAGUGCUCGAGCAGCAAGCUGUUCGUGGCAGUGGCAGCAACGAUAGUGAGGACGCCGCCGGAUCGUGCUGGGGGGAGAAACAUGUGGCUUUUUGCAGGGAGGAGCAGGAGGAGGAGGAGGGUGAGACACCAGGAGUGGAGCCCCGAGUGACAGAAGUCGAAAUGUGCAAGGGGUGCGGGCAGAGCGCCCCCGUUGUGCUACUGUUGCCGUGCAGACACCUCUGCGUGUGUGCGCCAUGCGCAGAAGCGGCACAGGUAUGCCCAUCGUGCAUAUGCGUCAAGACUGGUAGUAUCAGCGUCAACUUCCCGUGA